UUACCGGAUAUUUCUCAAUGCUUGGUUGGCAAAGACUGAAGAAGUACGGGAAAAAAAUACAGAUUACACCCGAAACGGAAUACUGCAUACCUAGAACAAACUUAUGAUUGAUGCCCCAUCAGGGGUCAGUAUCACGCUUCAGGGCGAGACGGAUCCGGCAGAAGUGAAACUUCUUCGCGGUGGAAAAAACAGACGAGGAAAAGUGUGAUAAUUCCUCAGUUCGUUAAUCUUCCAUAACGUAUCUAAUAAGAGUGUUGCGGUGAGUCAUGAGAAACCGAAAUCAACGACAUACGUGACUUCGUCGUCCACUGACCAACAGUUAAACCAAGGAAGAAAAAUCCAGAGGACUUUGAUCUCAAGAUCGAUAUGUGGCAGCAUGUCUGCGGUGAAGCUAACUGACGGAUGCACAUCGCUGGAAGGCGGUGGGGAGCCGCUGUUUUACCGGCAGGCGGAGCCCCCCGGGCCUGCCUGCCGAAUGACCGUCCUCCUGCUGCACGGAAUCCGCUUCUCAUCACAGAACUGGCUCAGCAUCGGCACCCUGGAGGUCAUCGCUAAAGCUGGCUUCCGCGCAGUUGCUAUCGAUCUGCCCGGUUUUGGAAACUCCAAAGCAGCCACUCCUCCAGCGGCUGUUGGGGAACUGGCCCCAGGGAGCUUUCUGAAGCAGGUGGUGGAGGCCCUGCAGCUGGGUCCGGUGGUGGUGGUCAGCCCCUCCCUGAGUGGCAUGUACUCCCUGCCCUUCCUAUUCCAGCACGGCCCACUUCUUGGGGCCUACAUUCCUAUUGCACCCAUCUGCACGGAGAAGUUCACUGCUGAACAGUACCAGAGUGUGCAGACACCUACUUUGAUUGUCUAUGGAGAUCAGGACACACAGCUGGGUGAGGUGUCCCUGAACAACCUGAAGAAGUUGGCUAACCACAAGGUAGUGGUGAUGGAAGGGGCAGGACACCCCUGUUACCUUGACAAACCUGUAGAGUGGCACAAGAUACUCUUGGACUUUUUGCAUACUCUAGACAGUUUAGAUCAUUCACCAGUGAAAUAGUUCUCAUGAUUGAAUUCAUGAAAGAAGUACCCCAUCUAUCUGACUGGUAAAUUCUUCUAAAAGUAUACUAUCUUUCAGUGAAUAAAAAGAGUUUGUAGAUUCGUAUUUUUGUAAUCAUUUUGUUUAAAAAUCCAUGUGAUUUUUAUGAUUGGCACACUAAUGAAAUCUGACAUGUCUCUAUGAUACCAAGGUGUCUCUGUUCUGAAGGUGAACUAAAACACUUUAAUAAAACAUUAAUAUUAAAAUUGCAUGCUUAGUUUUUUUCUAAUUAUGAAAUCAAACAAUGCUUGUUGUCCAUGGCGUCUGUAACCUGCUCUCUGAUGCCCUGAAUAAUGAAAGACAUUGUCAUCAUUCUGGAGAAGCCACUUGUGCCCCUGUCAAAUCCGCGCUUAGAAUAUGCCCAGUGAACAUGUAACCAGCUCAAGAUCUUCUGGAUCUUAUUUAAAAUGUAUUUUUUAACAUUGUUCCCACUAAGACCAACGGCUUUUGUUCCUGU